AUGAAAGCGCUGGCGGCCAAGUACCACGUGCUGGCAAGAAACAUCUUCGAAAACGACUCUACCCGAAGGAGGAAAGUGGGAACGAGGGGACUGAAAAGGUAUCUGUUCACGUCGUUCAUCUUUUUCUCUUCGCCAUCCAUGGAAAAAGUCAUAGGAACGCAUUCGGGACGUUUCCACACGGACGAAAUAUUAGCCACCGUGAUGCUGAAGUUUCUACCAGAAUAUAAAGAUGCGAAAAUUAUAAGAACUCGUGACCAAGAAAAGCUGGACCAGUGUGACGUGGUGGUGGAUGUAGGGGGAGUAUACGACCAUGAAAAAAAAAGAUAUGAUCAUCACCAGAAAGAAUUUAAUGGAACUCUAGAUGACAAGCAUGACAUAAGACUAAGCAGUGCUGGACUAAUUUACAAACACUAUGCAAAAGAUGUUUUUCGAAAAGGGUUUGGCAUAACGGAUGAAGAAAAGGUCAACACACUUUAUGAUAAAAUAUACACUGCCUUUAUUGAAUCUGUCGAUGCCUUGGAUAAUGGAAUUAACCAGCACGAAGGUGUCGACAAAUAUCAAAUUAAUACUACCCUACAACAUCGAGUGAAUCGAUUUAAUCCAAACUUCCUUGACCAUGAAGCUGAUGCUGACGAACGUUUUAUGUCAGCUGCACAAAUUGUUAAAGAAGAAUUUGUUAGCUUUGUAAAUUACUAUUCUAAUGUAUGGUACGCAGCUAAAAGUAUCACCUUAGAAGCAGUAAAAGACAGAUUCAAUUUUCACCCAUCCGGAAGAGUUAUCUUCUUGAAGAGGCAUUGCCCCUACUACGAUCAUGUGUAUGACAUAGAAGAAGAACUAAAUAUAAAAGACGAAAUUUUGUUUUGUAUCUACAAUGACAGAUACCAGGAAUGUAGAUGUGGAACCAUUUCCAAGAAGAAUGAAGCCUUCACCAUUAGACUGCCCUUUCCCAAAAGCUUUAGGGGUCUCCAGAAGGAGGAACUGGAAAAAGUUUCGAACAUCCCGGGACUAUCCUUCGUCCACUAUUCUGGAUUCACUAGUGGAGGGAAAAGUGUCGAUUGCCUCUUAAAGUUGGUGGAAGCAACUUUGAAGGAAAACAACAUUUCCUUCUAG